AUGGCCGCCCGGGGAGCAGCACCGGCGCCGGGAAUCGCGGGAGCAGAGCGCACGGGGGCGGGGCCGGCGUGGGGGCGGGGCGACGCUGGCCGCACAGAGGCGGGGCCCGGCGUGGGGGGGCGGGGCGACGCUGGCCGUACAGAGGCGGGGCCCGGCGUGGGGGGCGGGGCGACGCUGGCCGUACAGAGGCGGGGGCCGGCGUGGGGGGCGGGGCGACGCUGGCCGCACAGAGGCGGGGCCCGGCGUGGGGGGCGGGGCGACGCUGGCCGUACAGAGGCGGGGCCGGCGUGGGGGGCGGGGCGACGCUGGCCGCACAGAGGCGGGGCCUGCGUGGGGGGCGGGGCGACGCUGGCCGCACAGAGGCGGGGCCCGGCGUGGGGGGCGGGGCGACGCUGGCCGUACAGAGGCGGGGCCGGCGUGGGGGGCGGGGCGACGCUGGCCGCACAGAGGCGGGGCCGGCGUGGGGGGCGGGGCGACGCUGGCCGUACAGAGGCGGGGCCCGGCGUGGGGGGCGGGGCGACGCUGGCCGUACAGAGGCGGGGCCGGCGUGGGGGGCGGGGCGACGCUGGCCGCACAGAGGCGGGGCCCGGCGUGGGGGGCGGGGCGACGCUGGCCGUACAGAGGCGGGGCCGGCGUGGGGGGCGGGGCGACGCUGGCCGCACAGAGGCGGGGCCUGCGUGGGGGGCGGGGCGACGCUGGCCGCACAGAGGCGGGGCCCGGCGUGGGGGGCGGGGCGACGCUGGCCGUACAGAGGCGGGGCCGGCGUGGGGGGCGGGGCGACGCUGGCCGCACAGAGGCGGGGCCGGCGUGGGGGGCGGGGCGACGCUGGCCGUACAGAGGCGGGGCCCGGCGUGGGGGGCGGGGCGACGCUGGCAGCACAGAGGCGGGGCCUGGCGUGGGGGGCGGGGCGACGCUGGCCGUACAGAGGCGGGGCCUGCGUGGGGGGCGGGGCGACGCUGGCCGUACAGAAACGGGGCCGGCGUGGGGGGCGGGGCGACGCUGGCAGCACAGAGGCGGGGCCUGGCGUGGGGGGCGGGGCGACGCUGGACGUACAGAAACGGGGCCGGCGUGGGGGGCGGGGCGACGCUGGCCGUACAGAGGCGGGGCCUGCGUGGGGGGCGGGGCGACGCUGGCCGUACAGAAACGGGGCCGGCGUGGGGGGCGGGGCGACGCUGGCCGUACAGAGGCGGGGCCCGGCGUGGGGGGCGGGGCGACGCUGGCAGCACAGAGGCGGGGCCUGGCGUGGGGGGCGGGGCGACGCUGGCCGUACAGAGGCGGGGCCUGCGUGGGGGGCGGGGCGACGCUGGCCGUACAGAAACGGGGCCGGCGUGGGGGGCGGGGCGACGCUGGCAGCACAGAGGCGGGGCCUGGCGUGGGGGGCGGGGCGACGCUGGACGUACAGAAACGGGGCCGGCGUGGGGGGCGGGGCGACGCUGGACGUACAGAGGCGGGGCCUGCGUGGGGGGCGGGGCGACGCUGGCCGUACAGAAACGGGGCCGGCGUGGGGGGCGGGGCGACGCUGGCAGCACAGAGGCGGGGCCUGGCGUGGGGGGCGGGGCGACGCUGGACGUACAGAGGCGGGGCCUGCGUGGGGGGCGGGGCGACGCUGGACGUACAGAGGCGGGGCCUGCGUGGGGGGCGACGAAGCUGCACGUCGAGGGCAGCCGCGUUCAUCCUGUAUACCUCGACGGGGUCCUGGUGCCCCGAGUGCAGAGUAAGAAGCGGGCACAGGGCUAA